AUGCGACCUGUACUCUUUUUCCUACUUCCAAUCUUAUCCUUAUCAAUUCCUCUCGGUAAACAAACAGGAUAUGAUGAUGCAGAAGCCAGAAGACUUGUCAAGUUAGCCGCUGCUGCAUAUGGAGAUAGACAUGCAACUUGUAUCAGCAAAGCUUUCGGAAACGGAGAGAAUUUUCAUAUUGAAAACAUGGAACAAAAGAGUUGCGAUCACUUGGAUAGUACCUGUGCUGCUUAUGCAGUUGUAUCCGACAGCACAAAACGGAUAAUCGUGGUUUUCCGAGGCACCAAAUCUAAAUCUCAGUUGUUUUUGGAAGGCUGGCAAUCAGUUAAUCAUGGCAUUGAUUUCUUCGAUAUGGGAGAUGUGAAUCGAUACUUUUUGAAUGCUCACUUGGUUCUUUGGCCGGAAAUUGAGAAAGUCAUCACUAAUCCAAGAUGGGUGGAUUACGAAAUCACGUUCACUGGUCACUCACUCGGAGGAGCACUAGCUGCUCUUGCAGCAGCCAGAACUGCCAAACAAGGAUACCGCCCAGGAAAUAUGAUAAAGGUUUACACAUUUGGUCAGCCACGUGUCGGAACAAGACUAUUCGCUCGCAACUUCGAUGCUCUGCUUCCAAAUACUUAUCGAGUUGUUUUCCGAAGAGAUAUUGUUCCACAUAUGCCAGCGUGUCACAAGAAUCAGACAUUUAUAUCAGAACAUGAAGGUGGAGCAAAGCCUUGUCAUGCUGAUCAUUUGGAUUAUUAUCAUCAUGGAACUGAAAUUUGGUAUCCGGAUGAAAUGACUCCAGGAGCUCAUUAUGUCGAGUGUUUGGGUGCUCCGAAGAAUGAAGAUUUCGCUUGUUCAGAUAGAAUCAAGUUCUUCAUCGAUCAAUCAGAGAGUUACACUUGGGAUCAUAGACAUUAUUUUGCAGUAAAAGUUCCACCGUAUGGGAAAACUGGAUGUGAUGACACGAUGCCCGAAGGAAAACCAUCUGUAUUUGAAAAUGUUGUGAAAAGAUUAAAUCUACUAACCAGAACCAUUGGCCUUGAUUAA